AUGCAGUACGUGGACCCGCCUGCACCCGCGCCCUCGCAACAGAUGAUGAAUAUGAUGGGCGGCUACGGGUGUGGAUACGGCCGGGGAGACGCACUGUCCCCCGCCUCGGACUUGUCAUCGUGCAGCAGUGCAUCCUCUGGUGCGUGGUGCGGCGCAGCGCCGGCGGGCUGGCGCGACCUGCCGCCCUACGCCGCGCAGUAUCCCGCCUACUGGCCGCCCGCCGCUGCCGCCGUCACCGAGGAUGCCCGCGACCUGCAGCGGCGCUGUGCCAAGUGCCGGUGCCCCAAUUGUCUUACGGAGGCUGCAGGCUUCGGCCCCAACUACGGGAAAGACGGCUCCAAGAGAGAACAUGUUUGUCACGUGCCUGGCUGCGGCAAGGUGUACGGCAAGACUUCGCAUCUAAAGGCACAUCUCCGGUGGCACACCGGUGAGCGACCUUUCGUCUGCAAUUGGUUAUUCUGUGGCAAACGAUUCACCCGCUCCGACGAGCUGCAGAGGCACCUCCGUACACACACCGGUGAAAAGAGAUUCGCAUGUCAAUUGUGCUCGAAGAGAUUCAUGCGAUCCGAUCAUCUGGCGAAACAUGUGAAAACCCACGCGAACACAUCGCGAAAAACUAAAAAACCAAAAGAAGACGAUAAGGAAGAAAUAACGAAGAAUCACAAAGAAGAACAGAAUAGUACAGUCCAGAAUGAAACGACACCUUCGGUAUCCAUUGGCAGUACGAAUUACGGUAGUAUUCCCUCGACUGUUCCCGGAGAACAAAGGCAGCAAGCUACUUUGAGUUACGGUGCUCUGAGCGCGUCUACGAAUCCCGUGAACGUUUAUAAUUCAAGUGCAGUAUUUGGCAGUAGCGGUGUUACUAAUGGCUGGUACCCUGAAGUUCACCAGGAUGCUCUUUACGGACGAAGUUCUAUGCGGGAUCAUCGUUUCUACCAACAGUACCCAGCUCCCUUGGGAACCUACCAGUGCGCCGCCAAGAAUAACUACGCGAUGUUUCACGGACAUUACAAUUUGCAACCUCCUGUCGCUAUUGGACAAUAGAAGUGCCUUGAAAGUGAUACAGCAAGUUUAAAAUAAUAGUAAUUAUGUAAAUAUCUCUUCAAAAUUGUCAAGUUAAUGUUAAAAGUUUUUGUUAAGUUACCAUACGAUUCAAUGUGAUGUAUU